AUGAGCGGACGCGUGCACCCACGCGUCGCAAAGCUUUACCUGGAGUUUGUCUUGCUUGCCCCUGCGUUUGUCUCCACUGCCGGCGCUGGGAGGGCGGUGCAUUUUGGAAGGGCCUUCCCCGUCACUGCUCAGACCCCAUCAGCGGCAGCACCGCCACCGGAAGUUGCGGCUUCUCCGGCCUCCUCCGCGGCAUACCGCGCAAUGGUACAAAAGGGGUUUAUGGCGCCCCCCCUAGUGGAUCCAGGCACACCCGAGUUUGCACGCCGUCUCGCACGCGGUCGGUGGAUGCUUCGUCAGCUGCAGGAUACGCUUGCCGUGAAAAAGUACCGCGCAAUGCACAAGCGGUACUGUUGGGCGAGUCAAAAGGACUUCGCUGAAUUGACGGAGUUGUUCGGUGAAGCAGCAGCACGGCAGCUGGUUGUUGGGCUUGGAAACAAGGAUGUGUUUGGGUUCGAUGAGGCGGCUGGCGACGAGGCUGCCCGUGUGCCAAACAAGCGUGGCAGCGAGUCAAGGUAA